ACGCAUCAUACGCAUUGCCUGCCUUCUCCGGUAGUGGCUACGUGUAAUUUCGAGGAAAAUGGCAGAUAGAAAAAACAAUAAUGUUCCUAACCACGGCGCAAAUUUGUUAUUUAGUGGGGCUCCGGAGUUUAACUUCAAUUUGCCUUUUAUGCCAGUGAGUCAGGCCUCUGGUCCGGCGGUGCUGUCGGGAGCAGAGGAUUCUACUGAAGUUGGCGAAGAAGACAGCUUUUUGGGUCAGACUUCUGGAAAUGUACAAGCUCCUUCUACCUUCAGCUACUUCUCUAACUCAGUAACCAGCAGUGACCCGUUUGCGUCUAUUGGCCAACCACCAUGCCCACCGCCAUCCUCAUCAGCAGCAGCCAUGUGUGCUGUCACGGCAUCUCUUUCUAGCAGUGUUAAUAUGGCCUCUGCGUUGCCUCCUAGCUCACAGUUGAACACCGCUUCUCCUGUUUUCGGCAGUACAGUAUAUCAGAGCCCAGUGGGACGCCACACUCCUCCCCCUAGUACAAUGACCCCGCCGCCACCUCCGCAGAUGCAACCACAGAGUCAUAAUCCUUAUAGACACACGGUCACCAGCAGCAAAGCCAGUCCUUAUAUUCCCGCUCCAGAGGUCCUGCCGCCAAGCCACACAUCCCAUCGCAAUCCCUACUCUGUCACCUCGGGGUCACAAUCAUUCCCGCUGUCCGGAGCCACAUUUACAAAGCCUCCUCCCAAUCACAUGCAGGCACCACCACCUCCUCCGGCCAACCCUGCUGGUACAGUCGUGCCCGCUGGUCCCAUGAUGCAGUACAACUACAAUGUAUAUGAGCCUAUUCAGCCACACUGGUUCUUUUGCAAGCUAGUGGAGUCCAAAAGCGUGUGGCUUCCUUUCAGCAUCAUCGACUCCCUCCAGCUCGAAGAGACGUAUAACUCUGUUCAACCAGACCCAGAAAAUGUGAUCGUGCGUACAGACGGCGGUCGUUUUGAUGUGCACCUCUACGACCGCAUGCGGUCAGCUGUUUACUGGGAGGAGGAGAAUUCGGAGGUUCGGCGCUGCACCUGGUUUUACAAAGGGGAUACGGAUAGUCGCUUCAUCCCAUACUCUGAGGAAUUCAGCGACAAACUAGAGGCAGAAUACAAGAAAGCUGUAUCUACCAACCAAUGGCACCGUAGACUGGAGUUCCCAUCUGGAGAAACCAUUGUCAUGCACAAUCCAAAGGUGAUAGUGCAGUUCCAGCCCUCCUCCAUGCCUGAUGAGUGGGGCACAAAUCAGGAUGGACAAACCAGGCCCAGAGUGGUGAAGAGAGGGAUUGAUGAUGACCAUGAUCAAGUUCCUGAUGGCGAGCUCCCCAAAGUGGACCAUCUUGUUUUCAUGGUUCAUGGAAUUGGUCCCGUAUGUGACCUGAGGUUUCGGAGCAUGGUUGAGUGUGUGGACGACUUCCGCAGUGUGUCGCUGAAGCUGCUGCAGAGUCACUUUAAGAAACCCUUGGACGAUCACGCCAUCAGUCGGGUGGAGUUCCUGCCUGUCCAGUGGCACACGGCUCUUCAUGGAGAUGCCACAGGGGUGGACAGGAGAAUAAAGAAAAUCACUUUACCCAGCACUGGACGAUUACGUCACUUUACAAAUGAGACAUUGUUAGAUGUGCUAUUCUACAACAGUCCUACAUACUGCCAGACCAUCAUGGACACAGUUGCCUACGAGAUUAACCGACUUCAUGCCCUGUUCAUGAAGAGAAACCCUGAUUAUAAAGGAGCAGUGUCUGUUGCUGGGCACAGCUUGGGGUCCCUUAUCCUCUUUGACCUUCUCUCAAAUCAAAAGACUGACGUGACCCCUCCUGUGAUGCCCACCAUCAACGGAGAAGCCAAACAGGUGGCAGCCCAGGUUCCACAGGCUGUCAUCCCUCCAGAUGCGGAGGAGCAGCCCAAAGAAGAGGAGCUCGAGGAACUUUCCGAUGUGCUGGAACAUCUUGGCCUGUCAGAGUACAAGAACACGUUUGACGAGGAAAAGAUUGACAUUGAAUCUUUUCUCAUGUGUACAAUUGAGGACUUGAAGGAUAUGGGUAUUCCGCUUGGCCCCCGCAAAAAAAUGGCCAAAUUUGUCAAAGAAAGAGUGACUAAAGAGGCAAGUUUGUCAAAUUGUUUUUCAAAAAAAUGUGAUCCCUUUAAAUGGUUGUCUGACCUGCUCUUGUGUACAUUGGCGGCUGCUCAGGAGAAAAAAGCUGAGGUCCGGGUGGUCAGUCAAGUCGCAGCGCCCCCACAAGCUGCUGAGACCGGUACUGAGAAGAAUCUUCCGGCAGGCGUCUCCUCCAUCCACGUCGACUACAACUACUUUGAAGUUGGCACUGGACAGGUGUCGGUGGUCUACCACAAUCUAAACUUCAGUCCAGUGAAUUUCUUUGCCCUGGGUUCUCCAAUCGGCAUGUUCUUGACUGUCAGAGGCCUGGAGAAGAUUGAAGAGGCCUAUCAGCUGCCAACGUGCAAAGGAUUCUUCAAUAUUUAUCAUCCGUUGGACCCAGUGGCAUACCGGAUUGAGCCCAUGAUAAUGCCAGACUUGGAACUGAAGCCUGUUUUGCUACCACAUCACAAAGGAAGGAAAAGGCUGCAUCUCGAGCUGAAGGAGAGUCUGUCUCGGAUGGGCUCGGACCUGAAGCAUGGUUUUAUCAGCUCGUUGAGGAGCGCUUGGCAGACGCUCAACGACUUUGCUCGCGCCCACACAUCGUCUGCUCAACUUCAGGCAGAGUUGGCUAUGGUGGCCGAUCAGAUUGAAGAGCAGGAGAAGAGAGCGCAAGAUCUUUCAGAGCAAAAACCACCAGAGAUCCCCGAACCACACAAAGAAGACGAGCCUGAGGUUAGGAUCGGGAUGCUGAAUGGAGGGAAUCGGAUCGACUUUGUCCUGCAGGAGAAGCCCAUUGAGAGUUUUAAUGAGUACCUGUUCGCUCUCCAGAGUCAUCUCUGCUACUGGCAAUCUGAAGACACAGCUCUGCUUAUCCUCAAGGAGAUCUACAAAAGCAUGGGGGUCCAGCCAGAACACAUGGUGCAUUAGCACAAUAAAGCCCCACAUCAUGAAAGACUUUUCCACUUGGUCCGUUCUCCUGGAUUAUAUUUGCUGUUUCUUUCUUUCACGUUCUAUACAUGUGAUGGACUGUAUGCAAAUUUAUAAUACAACCGUAUUAUACUAUUUGUCUUAAAUUAAGAAAACUGAUUUCCCUUGUAGAUUAAAAGACUUGACAAGUACAGCAAUAUUUUAUAAAUUAUAGAGCUGGAUAAGGAAGGUGUGUAUCAUUUGAUAAAAGGCCAACCAAUAGGAAUUAAGUAGCACCAGUUAUUUUAGCCUUCUGUGUGUUCCAUGGGCAAAUUGACCAAUAAACCAUUUCCUUGCA